AUGCAUCCGUCCUCGAACACGUCGCGCUCUUCAGCAGGGCCGCCGAAGCCCAAGCGGGUGAUCACCGAGGCCCGCAAGAUUCAGAACAGGGAGGCCCAGCGCGCGUACCGUCAGCGCCAGAAGGAGCGCCAGAGGGCUCAGCGAGAGUUGCUCGAGCACCGCAACCCUAGCGCUUACCAUCACUUGCGGCCUCACCCGCCGCCUGUGGAGCAUUCUCCAGACUCGACCCCAGGCCUGCCUGCUGCUGCUGCUGCGUAUCCGCCGCCGUCGUUGAGAUUUCCUAUUCAGGGACUUGAUGGCGAGAUCCUGACCCCCUCGACCAAUGCCCCUCCUCACCAUGUGUCCGUUGCUGCAGCAGGGCCCGACCCACUGCCCGUUCAUCCACACUCGAUUGCUGUCACUACCCCGGACGGUUCAACCUCGAUGAGCCUCGAUGAGCCGCAUCGGCACACGCAGCCGUAUCCCGGAUCCAUGCAGCCGGGUCUCGAUGCCCAGGACGUCUUCCACGAUCUAGAUGCGUUCUUCCCGACGCCCGGUUCAGAUCUCGAUUCCCAUGUAUCCAGCCUCGACGAGCUCCUUGGCCCGAUUGACCAGGACCUCCUGCUCUCCUUUCAGGGAACCCCAGAGCACAACCCUAACAGCUACCCUACCUCGCCCAUCCCACUCUCACAUCCACCACCAGCCCCGGCAACACCUCUCCCGUCUCAAACCGCGCCCUCACCGCGGGCUUCAUCGUCUCCCGAGCUCGUAAUCGACCCUGACCUCGACGCCGAAGCAGAACCAGACCCUGACUGCCCAGCACCACCGCCGCCACCACAAUCCCAACCUCGACCGCAAUCAAAUCAAUCAAAAAACGACCCCCCCAACCUAAACAAACCGCCGGACUCCCGCCGCAGUCCGAAUCGCAAUUCCAAUUCCAAUCCCAAUCGGACCUCCCAUACAGACCCAGAUACGAAUCACCUAGCAGACCCCUACAUCAACAAACUCAACACCCUGCGCACUUUUUUUUUAACCGGCACAAUGUACAACGCCGAAUGCCUGGGCAUGAGCGUGGAGCAGUUCUUCGGCCUGAACUGCACCUCCCUGGGGUCCCCCUGGUACCAGGAAGUGCAGUCACCAGCUACAGACCCCAAAUCGCUGCUGGCCCACGCUAUCGCAGCGAACCCGUUCAUCCCAACGCAUUUGCGCCCUACCCUGCCCCAGAUUCUUAUCCAGCACCACCCGAUCUUCGACCUCAUCCCCAUGGCGGAUCUGCGCUCCCGCGCGAUCAUCCUGAGCGCGACGCUCCCACAUCUGGUGGAUAUGGCGGAUUUGAAGAUGGAUAUUAUUGAUGGGGGGUUGGUUUGUAAGCCUGGGGAUGGGAGUGGGCAGCCAUGGGAUUUGAGGAGCUGGGAGGUGUCGCCGUGGUUUUGGAAGAAGUGGAAGCUGCUGCUUGAUGGGGAGGGGGGUGGUUUGUGGGAGGAGUAA